CGCGUUAAUGCUUUAAAUUAAUAGUCUGUAUGGAGGUAAAUAUGAACAUAAGAUAACCACUCUCAGUGAAAAACAGUUACUAACCCACAUGACCUGAAGAAAUCGCUAAAGAUGACGCUCUUUGGAAACACGUUCAGUCCGAAGAAGAUUCCACCCCGAAAAUCUGCGUCUCUAUCCAGCCUUCACACGUUGGAUCGUUCAACGAGAGAAAUAGAACUGGGCCUCGAGUAUGGACCUCCUAUGAUGAACCUUGGAGGUCAAAGUUGGAAAUUCGAAGAGGGGCAGUGGAUAUCAGAAUCAGGUGGAAAUGGGUCCGGUAGGGAAUUGCAGCGGCUUAAAAAAAGAAAUGUCCAGCUGGAAGAAGAGAACAACCUCCUGAAACUUAAAAUUGAAAUUCUCUUGGACAUGCUGACCGAGACUACUGUGGAGUACCACCUAAUAGAGAAAGAAGUGGAAGAUAUAAAGACUCAACAUCGAAGGAAGAAAUGACAAAUCCGAUCUGAUGCCUUCACCACAAGAAAUGUUCUUCGUUCUCUGAGAACUUGAAGUUUGUUGAUAUAAAAAAAGAGCGGUUACUUUGUUUUUUAUCCGUACGUACAGAAUUAAGUGCCCAUAUUUUUUGCAUAAUGUGUUUUUUGCACUUGUAUUUAAUCAAAAAAGCAGGUACUACAUAAUCGGAUUUUGUGUCUACUUUUAUUUGUUCCGUUCUACAUUUCUAACUGUAAAUCUGAAACAACUGUAAACAUUGUUAAAGAAACAGCAUCAUUUCUACAUCUGUAUGGCAAGUACUGGCCACCAAUUUUUGUAUUUAUUGUAUUUUCUAUUCAGAUUAAAAGUCCAAUUAAUUGUGGCGUUAUUGUCA